AUGGUGUCUGCAUCCAAGGCAGCCCGCCAGGCAAAACGUGCCGCUGAGGGUGGAGAGAAGAAGAAGACUGUAACCUCCAGACUGUCAUCCAAGGCCAACUCCAAAAAUGUCUCGACGGCCUCGUCUGUCAACGGCGAUGAGGAGGAUGAGAUCGAGGAGCAAGGCGGCACCAGCGCUGCCAAGAUGUCCGACGUCAAGAAGUUAACAGAACAGACGGACAAGUUCGGUCUCUCCGAUCGAGUUACUACUGGUGUUUUGGCGUCUAUUCCAUCUAGUCGAGAUGUUAAGAUGUCGUCCAUUUCUCUUGUGUUCCACGGAAGGGUCCUCAUCACUGAUUCUACACUCGAGCUCACUUACGGCAAACGAUAUGGUCUCCUCGGUGAGAACGGUUGCGGUAAAUCUACUCUCCUAAAGGCCAUUGAUAAGAGAGAAUUCCCGAUCCCAGAGCACAUUGAUAUCUACCUACUCAAUGAGGGUGCUCCCCCAAGUGAUCUUGGAGCCUUGGACUGGGUUGUUACAGAGGCACAGAAUGAACUGGACCGACUAGAGAAGCUUGCUGAAGACGUCUUGGAAAAGGAAGGACCAGAGACCCCCGUUCUAGAGGACAUCUACGAGCGAAUGGACGGCAUGGAUCCAUCCACUUUCCACACCCGAGCAUCUCUCAUUCUCACUGGUCUGGGCUUCAACAAAACGACUAUCAAGAAAAAAACCAAGGACAUGUCCGGUGGUUGGAGAAUGCGUGUUGCGUUGGCUAAAGCUUUGUUCGUCAAGCCAUCGUUGCUCCUUCUCGACGACCCCACUGCGCAUCUUGAUCUUGAGGCGUGUGUGUGGCUGGAAGAGUACAUGAAGAAGUGGGAUCGAACCCUCAUCCUGGUCUCUCACAGUAUGGACUUCUUGAACGGUGUCUGCACGACCAUGAUCGACAUGCGAAUGAAGAAGCUCAUGUACUAUGGUGGAAACUACGAUUCUUACUCGAAAACGCGAGCCGAACAGGAAACCAACCAGAUGAAGGCUUACCACAAGCAACAGGAAGAAAUCGUUCAUAUCAAGAAAUUUAUUGCCUCUGCUGGUACAUAUGCCAACUUGGUACGACAAGCUAAAUCACGACAAAAGAUUCUCGACAAGAUGGAGGCCGACGGUUUCAUUCAACCUGUCGUUCCAGACAAGAUCUUCACCUUCAGAUUUGCCGACGUUGAGAAGCUACCUCCACCAGUUCUCUCUUUCGAUGAUGUCACAUUCUCUUAUUCUGGCGAUAAAAAGGACAAUUUAUAUGAGAACCUCGACUUUGGUGUUGACAUGGACUCCCGAACUGCGCUCGUCGGCCCCAACGGUGUUGGAAAAUCUACCCUCCUUCGCAUCAUGACCGGCAAGCUCUCCCCCACAUCUGGCAUUGUCACUCGCCAUACCCAUUUGAAACUCGGAAUGUACAGUCAGCACUCUGCCGAACAGCUAGAUCUGACCAAAUGCGCCCUCGACUUCGUGCGUGAUAAAUACCCACACAAGAGUCAGGAUUACCAGUACUGGCGCCAGCAGCUCGGCCGAUAUGGUCUUUCUGGUGAAUCCCAAACCGCCCUCAUGGGAACCCUGUCCGAGGGUCAGAAGAGUCGAAUCGUCUUUGCCAUUUUGGCCAUUGAGAGCCCCAACAUGUUGUUGCUCGACGAACCUACCAACGGUUUGGAUAUUCCAACUAUUGACAGUUUGGCUGAAGCCAUUAAUGCGUUCAGCGGUGGUGUUGUUGUCGUUUCUCACGACUUCAGACUUCUCGACAAAAUUGCCAAAGAUAUCAUGGUGUGUGAGAACAAGACCGUCCGCCGAUGGGACGGUUCAAUCGGUGAAUACAAAAACUACCUCCGAAAGAAGAUGAUUAACGCCGGCCAAGUCUAA